AUGGUCGACGCGGCAGGUCCGUCUCUGAUCCCUGUUGCGGUGCGCCGCACCAGCAUGUCGCUGAAUUCGCCUGCGGCUAGUCCCACAGCUACCCGACACCGACGGCACGCUAGUGGAAUGAGCUCUUACAGUCAACAGAGCACUGAUGAAGCGUCCGGCAGCUACACGCCAACCAAGAACCGCCGCCGGCAACGGACAUCCACCAUGAAUACCGAUCCUCCGCACUCCCCACCUGUCACUCUGUCACGGCGAUCUUCCAUCGUUUCUUCCCCUGUCGCGAACGGGACUGCGAACGGAACCGGGCGCUCUGACGUGUCAGUGUACGGCGACCUCGAUGGAACAUCGGAUUCUGGUGGCCUGGAUCCAAUACGCGCUCCUACCCGAUCCUCUUUGAACAAGCAACGAGACCGGACGAGCAAGCUACCUCUCGAACUGCGACGGAGAUCUGGUACGCCCAGCAUGUCUAACGGUGAUGGGCGAGACGAGCGCCUCGGGUUGAGCCCGCACGCCGUGCAGAUGCACGGAGCCAGCUCGCGGACCGGGACGAGUCCGGGCGACUCGAGCGAGAUCCUGAGCGCGGACGAUUUCUCAAAGUCGCCAACACUGGUUCUUGCCGAGUUAUCGCCUGACCCCACGGGGAAUGGUCCUGUGCCAACACCAGGACCGGGGCGAACGUCGUUCGGGCCAGCCCAACUCGGCCCGGCGAAGCCGCGACGUUCAAUCGGCGCUACGGGGAAGAGCUCGGCGAUGAUCGAGGAGCUGCAGGACGAGCUAGCGCACACCAAGCAGCACCUUGAGCGGGCGAAGACGGAGGUACGCAACUGCCGGCGGGAGAUCGGCACCCUGACGCGGCGGAGCGAAGACCUGCGCGAGACGCGCGAUCGUAUGCGCGGCGAGGCCGAAACGCUCAACAAUGUCAUAGCCCGCAAGGAGCGGAUGAUCAGCGAGAUUCUGGCGCGAGCGCGAACGGCCGAAGCGAGCGUCACACAACAUGCGGCGGAGCGCAAAGACCUGGAGGCGAGGGUCCGCAAGGCUGAGACGGAGGCGACGACGGGUCUGGCCGAAGCGACCAUGCAGCGCAUGAAGGCUGAGUCAGAGUGCGACGCGCUGCGCGAUAUGGUCAAGUCGCUCAAGGACGCAUGGACUCGCGAGGUCGCCGGAUACAGGGCCGAAGUCGAGCGCGUGCGUGAGGAGACUCGCGCCGAGCGCGAGCAGAUGACCAAGAAGGAGGCCGCGCUUACCAUACUCGUCAAGGAGCACAAGGCGAACCGCGAGACCGUAGUCUCCCUCGUCGAAGAGGUGAAUGCGAGGAACGCAGAGGCCGCCAAGCUCUUCGAAGGCAAGGUGCAGCUCCUCCGAGAUGAGGUCAAGCGAAGCUCGCAGGAAACUGCCGACGCGCGCGCACUCGCGACGCAGCUUGCGAGCGAACUCGCCCGCAUCCGACGGCUCGCAAAGCUGCCUGUCCGCGGCGAGCUGACCGCUAUUGCGGCUGGCGACGCUGGCGACGCGGACGAGCCGUCUGACGAGGCAGAGCCCGAGCCCUCUUCGGCGUCACCGACCGAAUCCACAAUGUCGACAGCUCCAACAUCAGAACCCUCUGAACCCGCCGAGCCUGCCUCGCUGGACGAGCCCGCUCCGCAAUGUAACGACCCCAACGACACACACGAACCCCACGGCGCGCCGCGAGCAUAG